AAAGAGGAAGGAAGAAGAAGAGGAAGAGAUGUCGGAGAUGGCGGUAUUUGAUCCCGAGGGUGUCGACGGCGUCCGUAUGACGUGGGGUGUAUGGCCACGAACGAAGGUAGAAGCGAGCAAAUGUGUGAUCCCAAUUGCAGCGACGAUCUCUCCGAUCCGGCCACAUCCUGACAUCCCAACCCUCCCUUACCUCCCUCUUCGCUGCAAGACAUGUACCGGCAUCGUCAACCCAUACUGUCGCGUCGACUUCACUGCCAAAAUUUGGAUCUGCCCCUUCUGCUUCCAACGCAACCAUUUCCCUCCCCACUACUCCAUGAUCUCGGAAACCAACGUCCCCGCCGAGCUCUACCCGCAAUACACCACUGUCGAACACGCCUUCACCGCCCCGGAAUCUCACGGGGCACCACCACCUCAGCCUCCCGUGUUCCUCUUAGUUCUCGACACCUCCGUAAUUGAGGAGGAGCUGGGGUAUGCCAAAUCUGCUCUCAAGCAGGCUAUAGGGUUAUUGCCAGAUAAUGCCCUUGUUGGGUUCAUCUCCUUUGGUACGCAGGUUCAGGUUCACGAGCUUGGCUUCUCGGAUCUGACCAAGGUGUACGUCUUCCGUGGCACCAAGGAUAUUUCUAAGGAUCAGGUCUUGGAUCAAUUGGGACUCAAUGCUUCUGUGCAUAGACCAGCAACUGGGUAUCCCAAGGGGGCUCAUCAAGGGUUGAUCAAUUCGGCGCUUGUUAAUCGGUUUUUGCUACCUGCUUCCGAAUGCGAAUACACCCUCAAUUCGCUACUUGAUGAAUUACAAACGGAUCAAUGGCCAGUUCAACCUGGCAAUCGGGCAUUGCGGUGCACAGGUGUUGCUCUAAGUGUUGCAGCAGGUCUUCUUGGGGCUUGCUUGCCUGGUACUGGUGCACGGAUUAUAGCUUUAGUGGGUGGCCCAUGCACGGAAGGCCCUGGCACCAUUGUGUCAAAAGAUCUGUCAGAGCCAGCACGUUCGCAUAAAGAUCUCGACAAGGAUGCGGCACCACAUUUCCAUAAAGCUGUGAAAUUUUAUGACAAUCUUGCCAAGCAGCUUGUUAGCCAGGGACAUGUCUUGGAUCUUUUUGCUUCCGCACUUGAUCAGGUUGGGGUUGCAGAGAUGAAAGGAGUCAUUGAAAGGACUGGUGGCCUUGUUGUUCUGGCCGAAAGUUUUGGUCAUUCUGUGUUUAAAGACUCUUUCAGACGGGUGUUUGAGGAUGGUGAACAGUCUCUUGGCCUUUGCUUCAAUGCGACUCUUGAGAUCAACUGUUCGAAGGAGAUCAAAAUUCAGGGAAUCAUUGGACCAUGUUCCUCUUUGGAGAAGAAAGGACCUUCUUGUGCAGAUACAGUUAUUGGGCAAGGGAACACAACAGCAUGGAAGAUGUGUGGCCUUGAUAAGAGGACUUGCUUGACAGUCUUCUUUGACAUUUCACCCAGCGAUCGGUCAAAUCCGCAGGGAGGUUUAAAUCCACAAUUGUACAUGCAAUUUUUAACGAAUUAUCAGAACCCUGAGGGACAAAUGAGGCUUCGAGUAACAACUGUUACAAGGAGAUGGGUGGACAGUGCUACCAAUUCGGAGGAAUUGGUGGAAGGAUUUGACCAGGAGACUGCUGCUGUUGUAAUGGCAAGAUUAACUUCAUUAAAGAUGGAGAUGGAGGAAGAGUUUGAUGCAACAAGAUGGUUGGAUCGGUCCCUCAUCCGUCUCUGUUCCAGAUUUGGUGAUUAUAGGAAGGAUGAUCCUGCUUCUUUCACGUUGAACCCUAAUUUCUCACUGUUUCCACAGUUCAUGUUUAAUCUUCGGCGGUCACAGUUCGUUCAGGUUUUUAACAAUAGCCCAGAUGAGACUGCCUACUUCCGCAUGUUAUUAAACAGGGAGAAUAUCCUAAACUCUGUGGUCAUGAUACAACCGUCACUACUUUCAUAUUCAUUUAAUUCGCCUCCUGCACCAGCAUUGUUGGAUGUCGCUUCUAUUGCUGCCGACCGUAUCCUCUUGCUGGAUGCGUAUUUCAGUGUUGUUAUAUUCCAUGGAAUGACAAUAGCUCAGUGGCGUAAUGCGGGUUACCAAAAUCAGCCAGAACAUCAGGCCUUUGCCCAGCUACUGCAAGCUCCCCAUGAUGAUUCCCAAAUGAUAAUUCGAGAUCGAUUCCCUGUCCCAAGAUUAGUGGUUUGUGAUCAACAUGGCUCCCAGGCAAGAUUCCUUCUGGCUAGAUUGAAUCCCUCGGCUACAUAUAACUCUGCUCAUGAGGUUGCUGCUGGUUCAGAUGUUAUCUUCACAGAUGAUGUUAGCCUGCAAGUGUUCUUCGAGCAUCUACAGAGGCUGGCAGUGCAAUCUUGAUAGCACAACGGCAUCAGAGAAGUGACAGUUUCUCAAUGUGGUGGAAUUUGGUGAAUGUGAGAUGUCAUUCAAAGCUCCUACAAUCCUCUCAUUUUCUCGAUUUUUUCCUUUCUCUUGUUCUACAAAUGAGAGGCCAGGACAACAUUGUUGAAAAAAAGGAUUGAGCAUUUCAUUCUUUUGGCCGAGAGAUUUUGGCCUCCUUGUGGGAGAAUAAGAUCAGUGCGAGGUAGGGUUGUCUUAUUUUUAAGAGAAGGUGAGGAAAAUCUGGGGUAAAGCUAGUACAAUCUUUGCUGCCUUCAGCAGCUGGGUCAGUUAGAUAGGUUGAUGUUAGGUUUGAUUGUGUCUUCUUUAAUCCUUUCACAUUUUGUAAAUCAGUCAAGGCAGAAAUAUACAUCUUUUGUGUAUCUGGAUUUAAGUUUACAAACUUGAUGGGAUUCUGGU